AUGGAUCUAUGCCUGGACCCGCUGCGGAUUUGCCGGGGCUGGCGGCUUUUCCUCGUCCUCCUACUCCUCAGCCUCCUCUUUCGGGACCACCUGAGCUCCAUGCUGGACUGCCCUCCGACGUGCAGCUGCUCGCCCACCGAGAUCUAUUGCAAUAAGUCGGACAGCGGCAGCUUCUUCCCGCUUUUGGCGGUGCAGGAUGGAGCCGGAGGCAACGGCAGCGGCGCCGUGGACAUAGCCGACUUGUUCAAAAACAUCACGUCCAUACACAUCGAGAACUGGACAGGAUUGCAGACGCUACGGGAUGUGGACAUGGAGCUCUACACUGGACUACAAAGACUAACCAUCAUGAAUUGCAACCUUAAGGUGAUCCAGCCCCGAGCCUUCGCUCAGAAUCCACACCUACGCUACAUAAACCUGUCAAAGAAUCCUCUCAGCACUCUGUCAUGGCAACUCUUCAAGCACCUUCAACUCAUCGAGCUGCGACUGGACGACGUGAUGUUCGAGUGUAGCUGCAAAAUUCGUUGGAUCCAGCUGUGGCAGGAGCGAGGCGAGGCCAACCUUCACACGCAACAGCUAUACUGCAGGAUCGGAGCCUCCCAGAUGACACUGCAACACAUGUACAUAGAGAAUUGUGACUUGCCAGAGAUCAGCGUGAGCCACAGCAGUGUGUUAGUGAUGGAAGGCGACAAUGUGACAGUGAGCUGUAAUGGAUCCGGAACACCCGUGCCUGAAGUGGACUGGACUGUCAACGGCCUUCACUCCAUCAACACACACCUGUCCAAUCUGUACUGGCCAGACAUCCACUCUCUCAACCUGACACUGUUCAACAUCAGCCGCGAUGACAACAAUUUCCAGCUGACGUGCAUCGCCGAGAACGUAGUGGGCAUGACCAACUCGUCCAUCCAGCUCAACGUGCAGUUUCCCCCAGUAAUCCUCGUCCUGGCCGAACCCGAGCAACGGCACGAUACUUGCAUCGAGUUCACAGUCCGAGGAUACCCGCACCCAAAGCUGCGCUGGUUCCACAAGAACAAGGAGAUUUUACACAACAAGUACAUCCGUACUGAGAUGGACUUCUACCAGGAUUACCUGGAGGGCUGCCUGACCUUCCAGAAUCCCACGCAUAUCAACAAUGGAAACUACACCCUGGAGGCCAGCAACUCACUUGGGACUGUCACUAAGACGGUGUACGGACAUUUCCUCAUGGCGCCCGGGAUUGAUGACGAAGUUGACAUUGGUAAAGUGCAAACCCCCUCUGCGCCAACAGACUCUGAUUCAGGCCGCCCAGACGAAGACACGUUCGGGGUCUCUAUCGCUGUGGGCCUGGCAGGCUUCGCCUGUGUCCUUCUCCUCGUCCUUUUCGUGCUCAUCAACAAAUAUGGACGGCGCUCCAAAUUUGGCAUGAAAGGUCCAGUGGCUGUGAUCAGUGGCGAAGAAGACUCGGCCAGCCCUCUUCACCACGUCAACCACGGGAUUAUAACACCGUGCACGCUUGAUGCGGGACCGGACGCCGUCGUCAUCGGGAUGACUCGCAUUCCGGUGGUGGAGAACCCGCAGUAUUUCCGACACGGGCACAACUGCAACAAGCCUGCCACUCUGGUGCAGCAUAUUAAGCGCAGAGACAUCAUCCUUAAGCGAGAGCUUGGCGAAGGAGCCUUUGGAAAAGUCUUUCUGGCUGAGUGUUACAACCUGAGUCCCACCAAGGACAAGAUGCUGGUUGCUGUUAAGACUCUGAAGGAUCCCAACCUAUCCGCGAGGAAGGACUUCCAGAGGGAGGCUGAGCUGCUAACCAACCUGCAGCAUGACCACAUCGUCAAGUUCUAUGGCGUGUGCGUUGAUGGCGACCCUCUCAUCAUGGUCUUUGAGUACAUGAAGCAUGGAGACCUCAACAAGUUCCUCAGAGCCCACGGCCCAGAUGCCAUGAUCCUCGUAGAUGGUCAGCCGUUACAGUCCAACGGCGAGCUGGGCCUCUCCCAGAUGCUGCACAUCGCCUCUCAAAUUGCGUCGGGCAUGGUCUACCUGGCCUCGCAGCACUUCGUCCACAGGGACCUGGCCACCCGCAACUGCCUCGUAGGCAAUGGCCUCUUAGUCAAGAUCGGCGACUUCGGCAUGUCGAGGGACAUCUACAGCAGUGACUACUACAGGGUCGGAGGACACACCAUGCUACCCAUCCGUUGGAUGCCCCCCGAAAGCAUCAUGUACAGGAAGUUCUCCACGGAAAGUGACGUGUGGAGUUUCGGCGUCAUUUUGUGGGAGAUCUUCACCUAUGGCAAACAGCCUUGGUUUCAGCUCGGUAACAAUGAGGUCAUUGACUGCAUCACGCAGGGCCGCGUGCUGGACCGGCCCCGCGUUUGCCCCAAGGAGGUAUACGAUAUCAUGCUAGGCUGCUGGCAGCGAGAACCGCAACAGCGACUCAACAUCAAGGACAUCCAAAAGGUCCUGUUCGCCAUGGGGAAGGCCACGCCCGUCUACCUAGACAUCCUGGGCUAG